UAAAUUGACGUGUGGUUAAUAAAAAUAAAUAAUGGAAAGCAAAGAUGGAAAUGAUGGUCCCCAGAAGGAAUACGAUAUUCAGUACAACGUGCACUUCAGUAACAGCGAAGAUUACUCAAAUUCCGAUAGUUCUGGCUCUGCUGAAUCUGACUCUUAUCAAGACGAUACCUACUGAUACCGUAAAAGUAAUCAAUCCGAAGCAAAGCAGAUUAUCGGGGAAUAUCAAGAUGGAUUUCUGGAAGACUUAGACUUGAAAAUCCACAAAACUGUCUCAUUUGCACAGCCCUCUUUGCCAAAAUUUGAACUAAAUAACUUCGAUAAUUACAGCCCCAUCCUGGAGAAUAAUCUGAUGAAGGACGAUGAAGUCAAGAAUAUUAUAAAUGAAUCACAGGAUGAAGUUCUAAGUUCACUUCCUGAGUCUGAAUCUAUCCAUCAAUUUUCUGAAAAUCAGUCAUUUGACCAAGACGACGAAGACCUCGGCUUUUGUAUGGGAGGAGAUGGUACUAAUUUACUACUUGAAAGCGAAUCUGAAAUUCUUCCAGAAAAUAAAGGAGGGCAUCACUGAUUUUCCUUUGAUGACAAAACCUUCAAGGACCAAUCCUGAUUGAAAAAGAUUUCUCAAAGUGAGGAAGAUAAACAAUUCAUUUGAAAAGAAAAAGGCUGCGGCAAAAAAUUUUUGGACAAUUCCAAACUUAGAAGGCAUCAGUUAGUUCACUCUGGCGAGAAACCCUACAGCUGCAAUGUAUGUGGCAAAAGAUUCUCAUUAGAUUUCAAUCUGAGAACACACUUGAGGACCCAUACUGGUGAACGGCCUUAUGUAUGAGACUUUUCUGGGUGUGGAAAGAGGUUUACUCAAAGCUCCAAUCUUACUGCUCAUCUGAAAACUCAUUAUGCUCAGAGCUCCUCAGGCAAAGAGUCUUAUCACUCCUCAAGGAGAUCUGAUAGCAAAAACUUCCCCAUUAUUUUCAGUCAAGCUAAUGAUUCUGUCGAUGAGAGUGUAGACUCUUCUAAAAGACCCGAGAAAAUCUUCAAGGUCUCUAAAGUGAAGAAAGAAAAUCUUAUUCUUUUGAGAAAUAAGAUACCAAAGGUAUUUUGGAUUCAAAAAUACAAACCAUCAGUGCAGGUGCGUGACAACUGCUCUCAAAACACCAGCUCUGUCAGUAGUGACACCCCUAUUAGGAAGGUUUAUGGAGACGUUUUCAAAAUUGAACGCUUCAGAGAAAAGAGAAAAAGGUUUGCUUCGAGACCUAUCGAAAAAUCAAAGAUACCAGAGCGUAUCUGAAAUGAAUACUCAGAACAAGUUACAUUUAAAAUUGAAAAAGUUAAGAGGUUCAACCGCCUCCAAGGAAGCCUGAGGCUUGAUAAUGUUGCGAAACCUGAAGACAUCGACUCUGCUAGUACUAAAAGAAGCUCUAGGCAAUCCUCGAAACAGAAGGAGUCAUCAUUUUCACCCAACUGUCUACCUGAAGUAGAAUCGAUCAAUCUCGUUAAAGUUCAGGAAAAUGAUGAAAAUUCGAUGCUGAAGGUGACUCCAGAGACAUUACCCUUUGAGAAUGAGCUUUUCUUGAGAUGCAAGAAUUUAAACGAAGAAUUGGAAGAUGAGAUCCAAGAUUAUAAUAUACCUGACCAACUCAACCAAGAAGUUCAUGAUCUUCAUCCUUCCUUGGAACAACUUCAUAAACAGAUGGAAUGUGAGUCAAAUCAUUCCUACCACGAAGAAGACAUAAUUGGAGAUUACGGUAUGACUCUUGGUCAAGACAAUCUUCAGACUGCCAAAUCCAAGAAGCCUCACCACCGCUCAAGACUUAUGAGCGGAGUUAAUGACUUAUAUGCUCAAGGCGAGGUUGAAAAUGAUUGCUUUUUAUCUGGUAACGAGAGAGAUACUCCAAUUUUUGAGGCUUUCGUUACCUCUAAGCCAUUUUUACCCAGCUUCUUCCUUGAGCAGAAGUAACUCUUUUAUUCUAAUAGUACUUUCCUACAAGUGACUCCAUUU